AUGCAAGAGUGCAGAGAUCAGGAAUAUCACCACUCAGCCUCAUCGUGACUGAAAGUGCUUUGCGUACUGAUGUCCUUGUCGUCUGGAGCAUAUCUUGCAUUUGGAGUUAGAUGUAUUACCAAGCUAUCAGUACUGUCCUAAACCAAACGGCGACCCCAAAUUCACUCCCCCCCAGUAAGCAGAAUUAUGGCAGAAACAGGCCAGACCACGUCCAAGCCGGAGCAUCUCGAGCCCUCCAAGCUUGGGACCAAGGAAUACUGGGAUGCGCUCUACGACACAGAGAUCGCCAACCACGAAACCAAUCCGUCCGACAUCGGCACGGUUUGGUUUGACGACUCAGAUGCCGAGGCCAAGAUGGUAUCCUUCCUAAACACAAAACGUGUCGACCUGAGCCUCGACAGGAACUCCACCUCCUUUGUGGACCUCGGAACCGGCAAUGGCAACAUGCUGCAUGCUCUUCGGAGGGCCGGUUGGGCCGGACCUUGCCUGGGGGUUGACUACAGCCCCGCGGCGGUCGCCCUGGCGCAAAAGGUUGCCGCAUCCACGACGUAUUCGGAAGCCAGUGACGAGGACGAUGAAGAACACGAAUCAGAGAAAAGGGACCCGAGCAACAACCCCAUAUCAUUUGCUCAAUGGGACGUCCUCGACGGGCCCCUCGACCCCGAUGCAGCCGCCACCCCGCGAAGGGGCGCCUGGGAUGUCGUGCUGGACAAGGGCACGUUUGACGCCGUGUGCCUGAGCGCCGACAUUGACGCUGCCACGGGCCGGCGCCGGAGCGAGGACUAUCGCGCCCGCGUGCUCGAGCUCCUGCGCCCGGGAGACGGCGGUGUUUUUUUGGUCACGAGCUGCAACUGGACAGAGGAAGAGCUGAGGGCCUGGUUCGAGGGAAGAGGGGGCGAGGGCGCGGCGCGUCUGGUUUACGCGGACCAGGUCCAGUACCGGUCUUUUAGCUUUGGGGGCGUCAAGGGUCAGACCAUCAGUACGGUCUGCUUUGUAAAGAAGGAUUCCACGUCCUGAAAUAAUAGCAUUGUGCCAUUUUGUCUCAAUAAGUUGCAAUCAUGUUUGAUGAGUUGAAAACCAAUCAUUCAAUCCG